AUGUCAGCUUGUGCGGUAGAGUAUAUCGUGUAUCCAGAACUCACUGCUGAUACAACGGUUCUGGAUGCCGCGGACAAACACUUUAUCGAUACGAUCGGUGCUGCUAAUAUAGAAGCCAUCUGGGAGAAUGCAAUAUCUGCAGUGCGAAAGGCUUCCAGGGCGCAAGACAAUAAAACGGAGCUGCACUGGCCUUCAACAAACCAGUCAGAAGCCCGUCCUCUACAAGCUAGUGACCCGGCCCUGAAAGUACAGAACAAUGCCCCAAGACAUUUAGGCCUGUUGUCAUGGCCCAAAUACACUUCGAUCUGGAAAUUGAAAUUUCCAUAUAAAUACAUGUAUAGGAGCACUCCCCUAGACACCUAUCUCUAUGUUAUCGAAGAGGGUGUUGACAUCGUUCAUGAGGACUUUAAUGGCAUUUCAAUAGAGUGGCACUAUAGCCCUAAUGCCGUUCAAUCUCAAUCGGAUAAUGAUCCCGAUGGUCAUGGAACCUGCGUCGCCUCUUUGGCCGCAGGGAAAGACAGCGGUGUCAUCAAGGAAAGACGCACCCUAGUCGUCAUGAAGUCAACCCUAUCCGCUGCCGACAUCCUCGAUGCUUUUUCCAAAACACUGGAAGACAUGGUCGCCAAGAAUCGCCAGAAGAAGACUGUUGUAAUUUUUGCAUCAGGAAGCGAUGGCUCGAUUGAGCACAUGAGCCCUUUCACCCCAGACAAAUUUAUGUGGGAACGUGUGCGCCUGAUUGUGCAAGAUCUCAUACGAUACGGUGCAGUCAUAGUUACAGCAGCUGGUAAUGGAGGCCAUCAGAGGAAGUUUAUAGAUGAGACGCCGGCUGUUUGGUCGUUGUGGGAUUAUCCCAAGAACGAGAAGAUUAUCUCCGCGACCGCCGUGAAUGAAGAUGGCGAGCCAGCCGAUUUUGCACAAAUAGGCAACAAACCCGGGGAAGAUAGAGUGUUCUGGGCUCCUGGUGAAAAUGUUCAAUGCGCGAGUGCGCGAUCAAAAGGUUCAAAACCCGUGGAUGGGACAUCCUUCUCCACCGGCCUGAUAGCCGCGGAGUGGUGGAUUCAAUUCAUGAGGAGAGCCGGAACAAGAGCAAUCAAGGAUACUAGCGGUACAAAAAUGAUCUGGAACGGAGAAGAUGGCAGUGAUGCUGCAUUUGGAAAUGACACUUAUGUGGAUUGA